AGUCGGGGAGGAGAGUGCAAUGAUGGCGCUGCAGCUAAAGACCGGGGAUGCAACGUAUUACCACCACCAUCACCCCCACAGCGCGGCGGAAUACUGCAGGAAUUUCACCCCGCCGUCGGCUGUCAGCUACGGGGACAGUGGACAUUACCUCCACCGGCUGCCAGGCGCAGAGACCCUGCUGAAGCCCCCCCUCAGUCUCUUCACCCACCCGCAGCAGCCGUUUCAGCACCUCGACCCUCUGCCUCCUCUGGGACCCCCGCCCAUGGGUCCCACCCCCGGUCUGUGCCCUCCACCCCUCACCCCAGCUCCGCCUCUGGGCCCCCCCGUGACCCUGUGCCCGCCCCCAACCGCCACACACACCAUCAGACCCCCGCCGCUCACGGCUCCGCCCGGUCACACCUUAGUCCACCCACCUCCCCCCAAUAUAGCGCCCAAUCCGCAGCUGGGACCUCCGCCGAUACCUCCGCACCCUCUUGGCCCUCCACCCGUAGUAGUAGACCCCACUAAAACGAUCCCUCCUCCAAAUAUUGACAUUCGAAGUCCACCCCCGUCGUUGCGGUUCCCCCCUGCGGCCUGUCUGGAGCCCCCUCAAAUGCCCCCCACCCUGGUCCCUGCUCCGGUGCCAGUUCCAGUUCCAGGACAGGCAGCCCCCGGAGGAGAGCAGCCCCACGACGAGGCCUCUCCCCUGGGCAGCGAGGAGCAGGAGGACCCCCUGGGGCUGGAGGAGCUGUGCAAGCCGCUCUACUGUAAACUGUGCAACGUGACGCUCAACUCCACACAGCAAGCUCAGGCGCACUACCAGGGUAAGAACCACAGUAAGAAGCUGAGGAACUUCUACGCAGGCAGCCAGCAGCCUCCCGCCAUCAGGAUCACCGACGCCACGGAAACAAGCGGCCAAACGUCCAACAGCUCAGGGGCCAGUGAAGGCGACGCGACCCGACAGGCUCUGUUCAAAGGUGCAGCUCGGGUGAUCCUGGCCACAGAGAACGACUACUGUAAACUGUGCGACGCCUCGUUCAGCUCCGCGGCCGUGGCUCAGGCUCAUUACCAGGGCAAGAACCACGCCAAGAGACUGAGACUGCAGGAGGCCCACAACAACGCAAACAUCAGUGAAGGCAGCAGCGAAGUAACACCAAAGAGGAACAGGAAGGACGAGUACCGCCUUGUGAAAAACCGCCGCAGUCCUCAGCUCCCCGGCUCAGUGACAGGUCCGUACUACCACUCACGCCCGAGGCAAAGGAUCCCGCGCGACCUCGCCAUGUGCGUGACCCCUAGUGGCCAAUUCUACUGCUCCAUGUGCAACUGCGGAGCGGAGCAGGAGCCGGACUUCAGACAGCACCUGGAGAGCAAGCAGCACAAAGCCAAAGUGUCCGAGCUCCGGUACCGCAACGAGAUGGUCACCCUGGGAUACAGCUAA